AUGGAAUUAGGGAGGCUCCUUGGAGAAGGGAAUGGCAACCCACUCCAGUAUUCUUGCCUGGAGAAUCCCAUGGUCAGAAAAUCCUGGCAGGCUACAGUCCAUGGGGUCCCAAGAGUCGCACAUGACUUAGCGACUACACCACCACCUGGGACUGCCUGGAAAUCCCAAGUGGGCACAGCUAGGGGAGGGAAACCCAGCAGUCAGGCUGCUGGGGAGCUGGCCGGUCUGUCCCCUUCUCUGUGGAGCCACCGCAAAAUGCCUGAUGUUCAGGGUGCUGUGAUUCUGUGGCUCCUCAGGUGCUGUAAUAUACCCCUAGGCUCCAAUUUUGUCUUCAUCUAA